GGGGAUCAAACAAAGAGCUCUCGAACUCACAUAUCGAAGUCAUAUUUCUCAAGAUACUGGCCUGCUUUUUGUACAAGGAGAAGCUUUUGCGUCGCUUAAACGAAGGAAUACUGUUCUGAUGGAGAAUCAGAAUACACAACAACCUUCUCUAUGCCGUGCCGGAUGUGGUUUUUAUGGUAAUUCAUCUUUCGAUGGCAUGUGUUCGAAAUGUUUUAAGGAUGCUCUAAGAAGAACGCAAUCCACUUCCCCCACAGGAUGCAUAAGUCCUGCUACUAUAACAGGUUCAGCGACUUCAGAUGAACCAAGUACAUCGGGUAUCCAAGAAACAACCCCCCCACCCACAAUAUCACCAGCUAGCGUGGAGAGAGAGCAACCUAUUGCCGAAUCAACUGGACCUGCCCCCGAGGUGGCGGCAGUCGUUGAAGGUGAAGAUCAACAGGAUUCCCCAUCUAAAACUAAAAGGAAAAAUAGAUGUACAACCUGCCGAAAAAAGGUUGGCCUAACAGGCUUUCAAUGCAGAUGUGGGGGAUUAUUUUGCAGUUUACAUCGAUAUUCGGAUAAACAUGGAUGCUCUUUUGACUACAAGGCGGAGGGGCAAGCAGAAAUCAGAAAAAAUAAUCCGGUUAUUGUUCGGGACAAAGUCCAAAAGAUCUAAACCCUCCGCAAUGACAAUGCUUAGACAAUGGAAAUCAAAAUUAUCAAGCUGUGACACACUCAGAGCUGUGGUUUGUAGAAAAUUUAUGUAAUGGGUCACUGAGAAACCCUGCAAAAAGCAAACCAUAUUAUUCUUUCAAAGAUAUGUCAGAAUGUUUGUAUGGCAUGGUUUCCCCUAAACGUAUAGGAGUGUCUGGCAGAAAGAGCUCAAAUAGUUUUCAUAAGUCUACAAAAAAAUUAAAGGAAUUCAAUUUCAUAACAGGCAAAAACCGGUGAUUUAAUUUUGUGUAAAAUAUAUAUAAUCUUAGUGUAUAUGAGUAAAAUUAAUUGGGUUCCAGUAUUUUGGGAUAGAUAGAUUAUGCAAAUACAUAACUAGUGUAUACCAUUCCAAUUGUCAUGGUAAAAUGCAUUUAUAUCAUAAAACUAUGGUACUAAUACUGAUAGAAAUCAAAUGUGAUGUCUUAUGAUUUUGCUAACUGAUAGGGGCUACAGAUGCUUAAUUUUGGGUUGUAGAUAGUGUGUUAAUUCCAGUCCAUAGGCAUAUAAGGCUUGCUUAGCAUUGAACAGGGUUAUUAAUUCUAUCUGUAUAAUAAAUGUGGUCUGCAUCUGUAUUCCUUGUCAUUGUGGGAGUGGGAUGCCAGUUAUAUAUGCGUUUUACCAUGACACCCAAAGUUAUUUAACCAAUACAAACUGUUCCUUACAAUUUAAGAUUUUUUCUGCAAUGUUUAUCUGCAAGAGAACUUUCUUGUGUAUGCAACAAUGGUAUAUAUAUUGAUGGAAAUAGCUACUUAGUAACAGCCUUCACCUGUCACAUAACGCUAGCUUAUUGAGUGUUUCAAAACAGCCCAGAACCGUUAAAAUAAUCAUUGAGUCGGAUUAAUUUCACUUCGUUCUCGAAGUUAUAUACGGUACCAUGAAUACUCGAUUUAGCACAGCGGCGCUUAUUAGAUUUCGACACUUCAAUUUAGUGGGGGGCGAAAUAGAGUAUUCAUGGUAUUUAUAGUGCUGUAUGACGACAUAGAAAAAACUCCAGCUUAAAAUAUACACAAAGGGAGAAGAAAGAUAAACCUUGUUUCUUGUUAUCAAUCCACUAAUUGCACGAAGUCUACACGAAUUAAUAGUUGGUUUUAGAAAUCUUUGGCGGGUUUAUUUGUAAUCCCGUGAAGAUAAAUUCUCUGAAAACAAGAACGAAACGUGACCAAUGCCACUGAACUGAAUAUGUUAUUGAAACUGUACUGUCCGAUUAUUUUUGCCUGUACGAGAGUGUAUAGCUAUUUUUGUCUUGAAACUGACGAGUAAAUUUCUGACAAUAUCCGAGAUGCUGUGACGCUACGAGCUUUAAAUCUUCAGAAAACAACGCGUUGUUUUUGCCUUAAAUUCUAUCAAUUGCGUGGGCUUUUGUGAUAAUUACGUAUCAGCAAUUUUUAUUUCGUGUUGAUAUUAUGCGCAAAAUAAGUACUUCAUUAUUUUCAUUAUCGUAAAACAUUGUCAUUGUCGAUAUGAACGUUAAAAGAAAAAUCGCGUCACAAAGUAUUCUCCGGAAGUUUUACUGAAUAUUUUCAACAUUAACAGACAUUGUAAGCUCCGCACAAUAUCCUGGAUAAUAUCUAUCUUUGCAAUGUCCGUAAUUAUGUGCGCCUAUGGUGAUUUCACUUGACAAAGAGCUGAUAUUUUACCGAUACUUUGCAGGCUUUCUAUACCUGUGAAGUCUAAAGAGUUCUAAAUUCUAGAGAUUGUUCAAAAGUUUGCGAUAGAUUCCGUAAUUGGCUGUCUUUUCUUCUGGCGUUUUCUCGAAUUCACAAAUCUGUUUGCAAAUUUAUUCCAGGAAAUAUCUUGUAAAAUACAAAGGCUUUCUUUCAUCGUAAUUCCGUUAACACAGUUUCACUUUCAGUUUGGUGGUAUGAGGUGAUGAUUAGACUCAAUGAUUAAACAGAUAGAAACUUAUAAUGCUUUACUAUAUGGGGCCUGUUUACACUGGCGAUUUUUGCUGCGAGUUUCUUCUUUUGAUAGAUGUGAACGAGUGAAUUAGUUAUGCUCAAAUAAAAGCUUUUAUACUGAUGAGCAUUCGUAACUACGUUCGUUCACAUCUACCAAAAGAAGGAAGUCGCACAGAAAAUCGCAACUUAAAUUGCGAGUGUAAACAGACCUUAACUCUGAUAGUGCGUCACUAUCGCUUAUUGUUUUAUUGCGCUGUUGUGUUUGUAUAUAAUGCGUAUUUUGUAAAUAUGUUAUUUAGACAAUAAAUUU